UUGACUCUAGUCGCGUUUCUCCAGUGCGCGCCCACACCCACCCACCGUGCACUGUCACCGUGCGCCGCAGUGUCUGCGGGACUUUGUCUUCACAGUGCGGCGGUGUCGGGACAUCUCUGCGGCAUCGGCAGCCAGGGCACCCGGGCAAGCUCUCCGCAACACCCCGGUGGAGACGCGUCUCUUCCUCCAUCCUGCUGGCUGGCACGGAGCCGUGUGCGCAUCCUCCAUGUCCUGUCCUCUCAGUGGGGACAGUGUGCAUCAUCUGACUGGAGGAGACAUCUGGCUGGCACCAUGAGCAGCACUGUGUUCCAGCAGCAGGCUGUCCACAGCCCUCUGGAGCAGCAGAAGAAGAAAGCCAAGCAGGGCGGAGGAGGACCCAUACCCUGUCAGAACUGUGGGAAGCCAUGCAAAGGGGAGGCCCUCCGCGUCCAGAACAAACACUUCCACAUCAAGUGCUUUGCCUGUAAAGUAUGUGGAGCUGAACUGGCCCAGGGGGGUUUCUUCGUGCGACAGGGUGAAUACAUCUGCACCCUGGACUACCAGCGGCUGUACGGGACCCGCUGCUUCAGCUGCCAGGACUUCAUAGAGGGGGAGGUCGUGUCGGCCCUGGGGAAGACCUACCACCCCCGCUGCUUCGUCUGCGCCUCCUGCAAACAACCUUUCCCUGCCGGCGACCGGGUGACAUUUAAUGGGAAGGAGUGCAUCUGCCAAAAAUGUACCCAGCCUCUCCCUGCCAACAGCCCAGCACCCAUACAGGCUGUCCACAACUGCUGCGGCUGUGGGAAGGAGUUUAAGAAUGAACAGUCUCUUGUAGCGCUGGACAAGCACUGGCACCUGGGCUGCUUCAAAUGUAAAGUCUGCAACAAGGUGCUCAACGCCGAGUACAUCAGCAAGGAUGGGAUCCCGUACUGUGAGAUGGACUACCACGCCAUGUUUGGCAUCCAGUGCGAGAGCUGCAAGAAGUACAUCACUGGAAAAGUCCUGGAGGCUGGAGAGAAGCACUACCACCCUGCAUGUGCCCGCUGUGCCCGCUGUGAGCAGAUGUUUGCAGAGGGAGAAGAAAUGUACCUGCAAGGAUCUACCAUCUGGCAUCCUCCAUGCAGACAAGCAGCCAAGCUGGAGGAGAAGAGUAAGAAGCAGGUCCGGAUACAGCUCAAUGACAUCGCUGAGCAACAGGUGACCCGGACUUCAUCUGAGAGCAUCACCUCAGUCCCAGCAUCCAGCGCCUCAGGCUCUCCCAGCAGAGUCAUCUAUGCCAAACUAGGAGAGGAGAUGCUGGACUACAAGGACCUGGCGGCUCUUCCAAAGACCAAGGCCAUCUAUAACAUAGACAGGCCGGACAUGCUGUCCUACUCUCCAUACGUCAGCUACCCGUCUGAGGAAAGACAUUAUGGAGAGACCCCCCCGCUGCUUUCUCCUACUCCUACUGAGGGCGAUGGAGAGAAGUCCCCCCGCCAGAGGAGGCCUUCCAGCCCUAGCUCUAACAGCUCCAUGGGGGGCUACGGACGGUACACCCCGUGUCGUUCCCCCACCAAUUACAGCCGGCCAGGGCCAGAGGAGUACCUUGGUGGUAGACACAGCAGCCAGGCCUGUGACUCCAGUAUUCUCGAUUUGCCUCCAAACCUCCUGGGUGCCAUUAAGUACCCCUCCAACUGGGCCAGGGACUCAUCGUCCCUCCCAGUGCACUGUUCUGCUGGGGCUGAAAGGAGUGGUGUUGGUGUUGGAGGUGGUGGUGGUGGUGGUGGCAAGUUCUCGCCCACGCCAGUAGGUGUCAGUGCAGGCUUGUCUUAUCAGCUGAACCCGACCACCCUGGCCAUGCUGCAGCAGCACAACUACAUCCCUUACUUCAGAGGAAGCGAAAGUGGUCGGAGUACCCCCAGCUUAUCCACCUAUUCUGACGGCAAAUCCCCGUCCUCUACUUCGACGUAUGUGGCUGCUCCCCGGCAUUUCCACGUACCAGAGACUCUGGUCAAAGAUAAUCUUUAUAGAAAACCCCCCAUCUACAAACAGCAUGCUUCUAGAACAUCCUGGCAGGAUGGGGAGGAUGGCAAGAGGACCAGUUGGAUGAUCUUGAAGAGUGAGAUUGAUGGACAGAUGGGUCCUGAAGACCUGGACCCCCGCAAAUCCACCUGCAGUCUGCCCACUGACACAUCCCAGCCUAAUUUCCCAUACAAUAAGUCUGCAUCCUUACCCGGAUAUGGAAGGAACGGCAUCUACAAGGCUGCUGAGAUGGCGGAGGAUGAAGUGGACCCCCAUUCUGAGAGCUGGGGGGUUAUGAGAGAAUACAAGAUCUACCCUUAUGAGAUCCUGGCAGUGACGCAUAGAGUGAAGGUGAAGCUUCCCAGAGAAGUGGAUCGCACCCGACUGGAGAGACACCUAUCACCUGAGGACUUCCAGCAGGUUUUCGGCAUGACCCUGGAGCAGUUUGACCGCCUGGCCCUCUGGAAGAAGAACGACCUGAAGAAGAGGGCCCGCCUUUUUUAGACCGAAGGAAAAGCAUCUCAACUUGCAUUCAUCUUGUGUGGGAGGAAGCACAAAAGAUAGCCAACCCAUUUGAAAUCUCGACAUAUGCACCGCCACGAUAGCCCGACUUCCACCUGUAAACCGCCACCUGGAGGGGCGCCGAGCCCGAACAUCUCCACGACGUUGAGGCAGCAACUAGAGCUUUUUGUAUGCUACAGUAUGUGGUGCCCAUGUUUGAGGGCGAGGAGCUGCGUUUGCAUGGCCUGUGUUGAUGCUCCUCGCCUCCCAUGUGGUUUCUGCGUCCUCCCCCGGCCCAUCUGGAUGCUUCCACACACCCUGGCUAAAUAAGGACUCACUCAUUACCAACUAGUUCUCAUGCGGGCCUUCCCCACUGGUUGCUGGGGUCCGGACUGCUACAUGUGCACCUUCUUUUACUUCACCUCACCACUGGUAUUCAACAGAGAUAUACAACUUGGAGGACAUGCUUACACCUUACCUGUCUCUAUCUCGAGUUUUUCAUCGUCUGAUCUGUCUCGAGACGUCAUUCUCUCUCGCUGUCCCUCCAUUGUUUUCGGUUUAUUUUGACACCCCCGCCAUUACUUCAGACGCCUCAGUCCCUGUGCAAGCAUGUCAAGGCCAACCACGGGGGUAAGAAACGACUCCCAACUUCUGGGAUCUCUUUCUUCAAAAAGGGCCAAAAGCACAUUUUUGUCUCUUUU